CCUUCUAACUCAGGACAGGACGGGGAGGGAAGAGGCCUCCAGCGCGUCCCCACCGGAGCCCGAGCCCGGAGCCAGCCAGCGCCUGAGGUCCGGUGCCCCCAGCAGGGUGCGCGUCCCUGUCAGUCCCGGCAACCUGUCACCGCCGGGGAGGACGUGACUGAGCUGCCUCCGCGUUUUCCAAGCCAUAUUCCUUUAAGAUGAUGUAAUAGUCAUUUCCCUGGAUGGUUUCUUGCCUGCACUGCUGAAACAACAGCAUCCGAACUGCGCCGGGAACCGUGGAACCACCCAGCUGCGCCGCCUGCCUGCCCGGAGAGCCUCCGCCAGCCUCCGCGUGCUCCCGGCGGCGCCGGCCGGCCCGACCAUGGCAGUCCGUCUGUCCUUCCCCGCAGCUGCGGAGGCUGCUGCUACUGGGGCCCCAGCCGGGCGCCUCUGUCCGUCUUUCUGCCUCCGGGUUUUCUGAAAAGCUUCUAAGUCCCGGUACCUCUUGCAACUCUCCUCUGUUUUAAGGAUCUUUUCUAAAGGUUUGAUUUUUUUUCCUGAAGAAGCUUUGGUUGGAUAUUUUUCUGUUUUACUUUUUUAACCAACCUCCUGUCAUCACGAUUGAACUUUUUUGUGGCUUGUUUUAACUUGAGAUUGGGAGUGAAUAUAUACACGUACAUACAUAUAUACUAAUUAUAUCUAUAUCUAUCUAUCUAUCUAUGUAAUUAUUUUCCAAAAGCACAUGUCUCUGGCACUUUCCAUUGAUACCUCUAUCCUUUACCUGUUUGGGAUCUGAUGAGAUCCAGACUCAGUGUGGCUGUGGAUUUUGAUUGUUUUGGAAAUGGUUAUUUCUUCACAAGAACUGGGUUUCCAACCCUCACUAAGAUGGAUCUCUGAGUAACGGGAGACUUGGCCUGCCUUGCCUACUCAACUGGAUGGAAGAGCAGCUGUAGAUGAGUUGAUUAUAUUCCCUAAAGUAAGAGCUCAUCACCAGCCAGGGUUUAAACUACUUUUUCAGCAUCACUUCACCUGUGGACUCUUCUAAAUUUUGCUUUUUUUGUGGGGAAGAAACUGGGGUAAGAGGAGGUCAUUUUUAACAAGUUAGCAUCCUUUUCCCUCCCUUACAAGUUGAUGCAAAGGAUAAAGCUGUGACUCCACUGGACUAUAUCUUUAAAUCAAAACAGCAGCAGAAAGGGACCAUGGCUCUGAGUGGAAAUUGUAGUCGCUAUUACCCUCGAGAACAAGGGGCCUCGGUUCCCAACUCCUUCCCUGAAGUCAUAGAGCUGAAUGUUGGGGGUCAAGUUUAUUUCACUCGCCAUUCCACCCUGAUAAGCAUUCCUCAUUCCCUGCUGUGGAAAAUGUUUUCCCCAAAGAGAGACAUGGCUAAUGAGAUAGCCAAGGACUCCAAGGGAAGGUUUUUCAUUGACAGAGAUGGAUUUUUGUUCCGUUAUAUUCUGGACUAUCUCAGGGACAGGCAGGUGGUCCUGCCUGAUCACUUUCCAGAAAGGGGAAGACUGAAAAGAGAGGCAGAAUACUUCCAGCUCCCGGAUUUGGUCAAACUCCUGACUCCUGAUGAAAUCAAACAAAGCCCAGAUGAAUUCUGCCACAGCGACUUUGAAGAUGCCUCCCAAGGAAGCGACACAAGAAUAUGCCCCCCUUCCUCACUGCUCCCCACUGACCGCAAGUGGGGUUUCAUUACUGUGGGUUACAGGGGAUCCUGCACCUUGGGUAGAGAGGGACAAGCAGAUGCCAAGUUUCGCAGAGUUCCCCGAAUUUUGGUUUGUGGAAGGAUUUCCUUGGCAAAGGAAGUCUUUGGAGAAAGUUUGAAUGAAAGCAGAGACCCUGACCGAGCCCCAGAGAGAUACACCUCCAGAUUUUAUCUCAAAUUCAAGCAUCUGGAAAGGGCUUUUGAUAUGUUGUCAGAGUGUGGAUUCCACAUGGUGGCCUGUAACUCAUCAGUGACAGCAUCUUUCGUCAACCAAUACACAGAUGACAAGUUCUGGUCAAGCUACACUGAAUAUGUCUUCUACCGUGAGCCUUCCAGGUGGUCAUCCUCCCAUUGUGACUGCUGCUGCAAGAAUGGCAAGGGUGACAAAGAAGGGGAGAGCGGCACAUCUUGCAAUGACCUCUCCACCUCCAGCUGUGACAGCCAGUCUGAGGCCAGCUCUCCCCAGGAGACGGUCAUCUGUGGGCCCGUGACACGCCAGACAAACAUCCAGACUCUGGACCGUCCCAUCAAGAAGGGCCCGGUUCAGCUGAUCCAGCAGUCGGAGAUGCGGCGGAAAAGUGACCUGCUCCGGACUCUGACCUCAGGCUCUAGGGAGUCGAACAUGAGCAGCAAAAAAAAGGCUGUUAAGGAAAAGCUCUCCAUUGAGGAAGAGCUGGAGAAAUGUAUCCAGGAUUUCCUAAAGAUCAAAAUUCCAGAUCGGUUUCCCGAGAGAAAACACCCUUGGCAAUCUGAACUCUUACGGAAGUAUCAUCUAUAGGGGAGGGCUGGGGGUGGGAGACGAAAAACAAAAAUGAAAACAAAAUCAAGUUACCAUUUUGAAAUAAACCUCCUCAAAGAAAUUGAUGUUUUAAAGGAAAAACGAUACACAUUUGUUAGAACACAAUAGUCCAUUGAUAUACACUACUGCCUACUUUUACCUAGUUCACCUUAACAUGUAAAUCCACAGGGUAGAUUUCUUUCCAGAUGUGGAAAUACAAGAAAAAAACUUUCUGUUGUUGUUUGUUAACUUGGUCCCAUGUGCUGAGUAUCUUCUAUACAAUGAUAACCAGCUACCUGAGCGUAGCUGACAGAUCUGGGGAGUCAUUUAUCCCAAAAUGGGCUUUUUCUCUCAUUUUCUACCUCCCUCCCUUGAACAAGGAUAUGUGGUAGAAACAGAUCUGGCCAAAUGGCAUAGGGUUAGUUUUUAUUAUUAUUCUUUUCCUUUUCUGUUGUUUAUGGGGCAUGGGGGGGGUGGCAGAUUUAUAUGAUUUUUCACUUAAAUCUAUAUGUGCCAGUUUAUAUCGACUCCAUAUGCAUGAUUAUUUGUGCAACACAAGCACAACCAAGUCUGUAUAUACACACAGUGCACAUGACCCAGGGCUUGGACAUCCUAAGGGCCGCGCUCCUGUUGCCAGCAGCCCUUCCUGGAGCCCUUUCAACAGAUGAGCCUCUGCCUGUUUCUCGAAACGCUCGCUCGUGGGCAGAUUUCCCAGCCACUCUUGGCAACACUUUCUAACAUCCGAUAACCCUCAUCAUCGACAAAUUGUCUUCCUCAUUUUAAAAUUAAUACCCUCAGGCUCCAUUUUAUGACUUUGCUCUUUCUCUGCAUUAGGAGAGGUUGAGAAGAGCUAGUCAGAUAUCCUUUGUGUAAUACAAACAAACAUUUAUAUUCAUAAAAGUAACUACUGGAUGAGUUGAAUCAUCACCCUUCACCCAAUGUUUCAGAACUCUUACAUUUUACUGGUGUGGCCUUUCUACACAAUUCACACAAAGUCCUCUGUAUGUCUGUGUGGUUGUGGAGCACACAUACCAUAUUUGAAUAAAAGUAGAGCCUUUGUUUUAGAAGAAUUGCAUUCCACACACCUCCUAAUAAUUUCUCAUAAAAAUUUUAAAUUAUGAUGCUAAAUUACUACUUGCUUUUAGCCAGUUUCGGUUUGCCUUCCGGAUUCUGGUAUUUGGCUGUGUCCAUAUUCAGAUUUUGUUGUGUCAUUUAUAUGACAUCCAUAACAAUCCAGCUAGGUAACUGGAGCUCCAAAGUUAAGGUUUCAGCUUUGUAAACUAUCUUUUCAAUCAUAUCCUGGACUGUAUGGAUACAGCCAAAAUGAAAAUGUUAAUAGCCAUCAAUUCUUGUGACUUUAUAUUUUAUUAAUGCACCAGUAGCUAGUUCUUUUGUAGACUUGUGCUAAAUGCAGGUUAAAAUACCAGUUUUAAUUUUUAGCAUUCCUCAUGCAUUUCAGUGGACGCUGAAAAAAUAAUUUGUCAAUUAUUGAUUAUGUGCCAAGUACUGACAGUUUUUUGUUGUCUGUAUCUGUGUGUGUGUGUGUGUGUGUGUGUGUGUGUGUGUGUGUGUGUGUGUGUAUGUGUGUGUGUGUGCAUACAUCACAGGUAAUAAAGGCAAUUGGAUAAUGGCUCCAAGAGGAAGACCUAGUGAUUACUUUUCUUCUUUUUGAAACUUUUACUGAUACACAUUUACUAUGUAAAAGCUUUGUAUGAAUUUCUGUCAUUAGUGCUCAUCAUCACUGUAUGAAUAUCUUUCUAAGUUUUUUAAUUCAUGCCUUCACACCUGGGCAAUACACUCAGGCAAAAUUUCUUGUCCUAGUGAUUCAAAUGGAAUUUAAAAUUUCUCCUAAGUUAAAAAAGGAAUUUAUUUUAGGAGUUGUCAAGAGAAUUCAUAAUUUAUAUAUUUAAGUGUUCUUUUAUGUAUUGAUAUAUUAGCAGAUAUUUGAUUUUAACUACAACAUAGCUUUGCUUGUAAAACUUAUGUAUAUGUCUUCAAUGUGUCUUAUGAUAUAUCAAAAUAACUUCAUGUUAGUAACAGAAAAUUUUGCAAAGAAUCACAGAGCUCAAUGAGUUUUGAAGAAAUUGAAUUUAAAACUUAAAUUGAUUAAAUAAUUGUUGUAGUUUCAUUGGAAGGGCUUUCAAAGAAUUUUGUGUUUAAGUAAAUUGACCAAAGCCCCAACUUCCUUAAAUUUCAUACAUACGUAUGAUAGGGUCAAAAUAGAGACACACACAGGUAAGAACUGAAAAACUGAGUUGGCAGUCAACCCACUUUUUCUAUGGUAUACAUCAAGCAGGAAAUACUUGACAAAAAGGUGUUCAUUGCAUUCUAAUCCUCCAGCUCCUGGGCUGUUGUAAUUUAUUUAUUUAUUUAUUUAUUUAUUUAUUUAUUUAUUUAUUUAUUUAUUUAUGUUUUGUCUUUUUCGUUUUUAUCGGUACCAGGGAUGGAACUCACGAUUGCCUGCUUGCAGGGCAGGCGCUUAUGCCGCUGAUAAAUCCCCAGCCCCUGCUGUAAUUUAUUUGUGUGUGCAGGUAUUCUUCAUAUACCCUGUACACAAAAGUAGUAGCAUAAAAUCUUUUAAAGCAACCGCAGCACACUUUUAUUCUUAGCUGAGUCUAGACUGGCACACUCCCUUUUGUAAAAGUUCUAAUACUUAAGAGGAAAACAUGCCAUUCAUUUGUACGGGUGUUGAAUAGAGAUGAGUAUCAGCUGGGUCAGUGUGAGACUCUGAGGACGCUCUGAGUUAUCUGCUGUGGUCUAAGUUGGCUGCAGCAGUGGAAGUGAGUUCUGGCUAUUGAUUAUGAAAUUGAGUGCUCUCCUAGCCCACAUCGUCAGCCUUCACUGAAUUUAAAGCAAGUUUUAGAAGUUUUAGUUCAAUCCUGGACAAAAUCAUAUGUAUUCUUGAACAUUGGUUAUGACAAGGGUAGUGAAUUGUUGAUAUGAAGAAAAUAGUAGUUAUCAGAUGGGUCAAAAUGAGUGGGGGAUUGCAUUGUGAAGACCCCAUUUAGGUUGGCUCCCAGGAAAUUCCACAGUGCUAAAACUAGCGAGCUUGGGAAGGUCAUUCCCUAAAGAUGUAUUGAUCCCCUGAAUCACAUACAUAUUGAUGAAGUUUUCCUACCAUGAAAUAUAUAUAUAUAUAUAUAUAUAUAUAUAUAAUCUACAGCAGCAGAAAAACAGACAGACACGGAUAUAAAAACACCAGAUCAUUUCUUCCUAUGCUAAAAAAUGACUGUACUGAGAUGUGGUCCAAAAAAAACAAAGAAGCAAAGUGCCCUCCAAAAUAGUAUUCCGUGGUGUCUCCCUUUAAAUUAUAGGCACAGAUACUUUCCUGGAAAUGCCUCAGUGACAAUUUAAAAUAAAAGGGAGGCACAAUGCUCUCAUUAGCAUUUCUUUUGCUCUUUCUGCCUGCACAGUUAAGUCUAUUGCAACUGAUUCACUUUGGGAGGACACACUGAUUAAAGAGGGCUGACACAUAGAAUUUUUUAGUUGGCCUCCUUUGAUUUCCAGGCACCUUUAUUCACAGGCACAGGUAUGUUUCUCAUUCUGGAUUAUAUUGUUACCACUGCUAUGCUUCUGGAUUACUUUUAUUUUCCUAGGCUUUACUUUACAUUCCCCUCAAUCCCAAGUAUCUUUUGUCAGUGCUAAGCGAAACAUGCUCCAAUGAGAAAAGAUGUUUUUGCAAAAUCAUUUGAUACUAGUUGCCACAGUGGGAGUCAAACUUGAAUUCUCAAGCAUUCUUUUUCUACUGUUUUGAUCUUUCAAUUUUGUGUCUACUAUAAGGGAUUAACACAGAACAUUUGAGUGCUGGUAUUUUCUGCCACCAAUCUGGUGGCAUUGCUAUGGAAUUUAAACCUUGACCUUCUAGAUGAUCUUUAUUAUAAUUAAUAAGAGUUUUCUCUGAAUUUUUGCCUCCUCCAUUUGACAUAGCAAUUUUCUAAGGAAAAAUACAUAUCCCCCCUGAUAACUCUGUGGCAGAUAAUGUUUUUGCCAAUUUGUACGCCAUGUUAUAGGUUUAGCAUGGGCCAUAUCUCUUUAAUAUCUUGGUAUAGUUAAUGACUUGCAAUCUUGAUGGCCCACUGUUUCAAUUUAUCUAUUUUCUUUUAUAUUGUCAAAAUAACACACUAGAGAAUGACUCAAAGUGAGUGUUCUGUAUUUUGAGUUACAAUCGAGUUAGAUGUUGUUUUUACAGCCCUGUAUGAUGAUUAAUAUCUGCAGAGAAAUUAGACCAAAUGAAACCUGCUGGAAUGGGUUUGAUUUAUAUUCCUUUCAUCCUUCUGUUCUUAGAAGAAAUGCUUAUUGCUCUCCACCCCUGCUGAAAGAGAAGUCUUAAAUGUUAAUAAUCACAAUCUUGUAAUACAACCACAGCUUAUUUGUUUGAAAUGCCUGUUUUCCUUAUCUUGCCAAUGUACACUGGAAGGAAGAUUCAUUCCCCCAUGACCUCAUUGCAAACAUUUUAGCAGUGAUUCACAGCAUUCAAUAUGCACAAAAUCAUCUAGCAUUUUUAUUGAUGUAUUUAUUUUCAUCUGGCACUUUUUAAAAUGAUGAUUCCCUCACUUUAACUCCAAAGUUCGAGUGAGAGACUGGAAUCAGAGUCAAGGAACCUUGAUUUUGAAAUUGUAUUCUUAAUGAGUUUAAUGGAAAUGGAAUAUUGACCUUUCUUUGAGAAACCACUCUUUGGUGACUCUGGACAGGUCAGUAUUUCUAUCACUUUCUGAUGGUGUUUCCUUACCUCCACUCACUUUCUCUGUAUAUAAAUCAACAUGUGCAUUAUUCAUUAUAUUAAGAAGAAAAGUUCUAAGUAGAACAUUGGUAACUAGCGUAUGUUAGAUUUUAUCAUGAUUCCUUUGCCACUCAUCUACUUCUCAGUCACAGUUCUCUCCCCUAACAUGUCUGUUUGUGCCCCACUCCUACUCCAUCAUUAUACUUUUAUGGCCAGGUAGGUGGUAAUUCAUUUUUAAGUGAGGUGUACCCUAAUGAUAGCUAACAAAGAAUAAAAAUAGUGACCUUCCCCGCGGAGAACUGUUCAUUUGUUUACUCAUUUUAAGUCUGAGAAACUUGAGAGCGAUCCAUAAUUUAUAUUGAUGUGAACAUGGAUUGCCUCGUGAAUUCAGGUUUAUUUUGUCAGUAAUAUUGACAUUAUUGUGACAUUAUGAACCACUGAAAUAGUUACUUUUUCCACUUUGAGGUAGAACUAUGAGGCUCUCAGAUGAUGAAUUUCUUAAAUUCCAACUACAAGUUUGAAGCAAAAAUUCAUAUAUGAGAAUAAAUGUGAAGGAAAGAAGUGGAUUCCAGAUGAUAUUAUUCCAUAUGUAAUGAAACAAAAGAAAAUUAAAUUCAAGAACUGUAAUUUUCUGGUCAUGCUGCCCAGAGGAGAUGGCUAUGAUAUGAUUAUGUAGAUUAAAACAAAAACCCUAUAAAGCAAUAAUGAUAACCCAGUUGGCCUUGUCCAUGUAACAAAGUAACAAGAUAGAUGCCAGAUUCCCACAUUACAAGAAAUAGAGAAUGGAUGGUUUAAAUAAAUAAUAAUGAAUGACUUGUCAUGAUCAUUAGUGAAUAUUUAAUUAAAGAUUAUUGCCAAAGCAAAUUAAGGAAUAGUUAAUAAAGUAGAUGAACUUGUGCAUCUAAUUAAGAUUAUUUGGUCAAUGAAAAAGAGAAACAAAAUUGAUUUUGUUACCUUCUCUCCUUUCCUUCCAAAAUGUGAGCUCUAACUACCCCAACUUCUUGUCUUUAAAGAAUGUUCCUUUUGUUUGUGAACAAAUUGUGUUGUUAAUUGGGUAAUUAAUCUUAAGUCCUAGACCCCCAUCAUUGCUUUAUUGUGGGAAAUCACUUUUAAAAAGAUAAAGUAAAAUGUGUACCGUCACAGCAAUUAUCAGGAGGGUUGUCUUAGAGGAAAGUAAAGGUGAUGUUCCUGUUGAUCAACCUUUAAAAGCACUUACAAGAGAUUUAGUAACUCUCCCUUCUCCAGUUACGUGCUUUAUCUAGCCAACUCAUUCUUAAAAUUGAUCUUUAGCUAAUUUAUUUACAUUUGCACAAUAAAAACCAAUAUAACUUCAGAUCCUCCUUCAAAACAAAAUUGAUUCACCACAAAGAAGUAGUGAAGAGUUUCGAAAUUAUAUUUGUGUGUGUGCAUGUAUGUGCAUGAGGCCUACGUGUAGUUUUCAGGUUAGUGUUGGGUCAGUGGUUAACGUCCAUGAGUGCUGAGUGUCAAGGAAAAACUCUUUGGUUACAAAUACAACAGCUCUUUAGUUUCGAAGGAUGCUUGCAUGUCUUGGUGUGGUUAUCAGUCCUUGAGAGUGUUAAGUAAAGAUGUUCUUUUGAUAUGACAUUACAGAUUUCUGGGGGGGAAACUUAACCUCUUUUCUUUUUCAUUUAUGUGGUCAAGAGUAGUAGCUUACCAAAAAGAGUAGAAUAAGAAAGAAAAAAGAGUGCCAGGACUCAAAACUUGAUUGCUAUGGUAAGCUAUAACCCCCUAGUCUCUUAGAAUUCACUUUUUGAAAGCUAAAACAAACAUAAAAUUCACAUUGAUCACCAGCAGUUUUUCUCAGUUACCGCCUGUGGUUCAUAAAGACAGAUAAAGGCAAUUUUAUGGAAAGUCUCUUUGAUUUGUGUGGCUUCUAUGCAUUUAAGUUAGCAAAUCUCAACAAGAAGUGAUUCUAUGGCCCACGGGUCUUUUACCAAAGUGUGGAGACAUUUUUGAUUGUUAUGAUUGAGGAGGGCUGUUGACAUCUAAUGGUUAGAAACUAAAGAUGCUGCUACAAUUCACACUAAAGUCUGUUACAACACAGAAUCAUCCAUCCCCAAAUGUCAAUAGUCUUUAGGCUGAGCAACUCUAAAGAGUUAGUUUAAGUUUGUGAAACAUUCUUCUGUACCAUAUGCAGAAGAGAUGAAAUAAAAUAGAACACCAAUAAUUACUUACCAAUUUAAAAGUAUAUAGGCUUCAUUGGAAGUCAGAUAUAAUUACCCAUCUGUAUUGAUAUGAAAGUGAAGAGAGAAAAAUAUGUGACACUCCCCAGGCUUUCUGAUAGUGAUGAGCUAGGCCCAUUGCUAUCAGUCUUUUUCUUCAAUUGCUGUGCUUUGGAAAAAUUAUGCACUGACACUGUCAAAACUUGUAAAAGCUAAAUUGGUUGUGAAGUUCUUUGGGAAACUUUAGUUUUCAUGAAUGUGUUGAAAACGUUGUCAGUGAUCAAUAAUAGACAACAAGGUAUUAGCAGACAUGAAAAUAGUAAGGGGAGGAAGUUUUUAUAAUGGGCCAAUGUUUUCUUCAUCUGUAACUGCUCACCAUACAUUUUAUUUCUUUGGGUUGAAUAUCCACUCACUAAAGACGGCAUGUGGAUUGUGGAAAAUAUGCUUACUGGAUUCACACGGGGUGUCACUCUCUGUUUUCAAGAAUACAGUAAUGUAGGCACGCAACCUGGCCGUAGAACUUACUACGAUAUAUGCAUAAGCUAUUUCACUAGGACACAAAAUACAUACAUGAUUUCAAAUAAUUUGACAUUUCUCUUUUGGUUUAGCAUGCCAGCAUCACAACUGAUAGAAUAAAUAUCAGAUCAUUCUCUUCCUGUUGCAUACAAGGGAAACUAAGGACAAAAGAAUUUAAAUUAUUCAUUUAUUUGUUUAUUUAUGCAUGCAUUCAGAAAAUAUUUGUUGAAUGCAUGGCAAGCACAUAUCAUUGUAAUGAACGAUAUAAUAUAUUAGAGAAUCAUAUUUGGAAUAAAGAGUUUGAAUUUAGAUCCCUGAAAUCCUAGACUAAUUUAUUUUUGUAUGUAGUUCUGAUCAACAUUCUAGAGUAAUAUACUAAAUAUUGUUAUAAAUAAUGUAUAUUAAGGACUUAAUAUAAUGUGCCCAAAACCUCCAAGUACUUUACAUGCCUUAUCUCAUUUAAUCCUAUAAUAGCCCAAUGAAAUAGGCCUUGUCACUAUUGUCUUUCUUACAGAUGAGGUCGUGAGGCUCAGAAACAGAGAGGAGCAAAAACUCAUAGCUCACAGCAGGAGAGCUGAUUUUCAUUUGAUGUGCUGAACUCCAAAGGCUGAUGGCUCACCUAUCUCAUUUUAUAACCUGUGCUCUUGCUUCUCCGGAUUUUAUUUCUUAUCUCUUGUACUCUAAACAAAAGGUGGCCAGGAUGAUCCUAGCCCACAUGUUUUCUGAAUGUCAUUGGUUAUUUUAAGUAUACAACUAGACAUGGAUCUCUCAAGAAGACAAAAGAGGGACAGAUUUGGAAGGGUGAGUUUUCCUGCCAUGGAUUUUACCUUAUGCCAGAAACGUUAUAUGGAGCCAUAAAGUUACAGAACAAAUACAUGGUAAAUUCUGUUCCAUUAUGAAGUGGCAGACUAGGUUCCAUCCAGGAAGAUUCUACCUGUAAUUGCUGCAUUCAGGUCACCAGGGCAAGUUUCACAAGUAAGAUAGUUGUAUGAGCAUGGACAUGUGUGUUCAUAAUACAUGUAUUUACGUAUCUUCUAGUUUUGCUUUUUGACUUUAAAACAGUUUUCUUGAAUUAUUAUUUAUUUGAGUCAGCUCAGAAAUCCCAAAGAAUCAUGUGCCCUAUUUCACUGCUCUAGAGUGAGGAAAAGAGAAGCAACUGCAGAAAAUAAACUGCACUGACAUGGAGGGAGAGUGCACGUGUAUGUGUGUCUGUUGUGUUUGUGUAUAAAACUACAUAUAUAUGUAUAUAUGUGUUUACAUCUAUCUAAUGUAUAUAUAUAUAUAUAUAAAUAUAUAUCUAUACAUAUGUAUACACACAUGAAACUCAUAGUUUGAAACUUUGGAAUUUUGAGUUUGGGAAAAUUAUUACAAUUUAUAUUUGGUUUCCUAGUCUACAACACUUUUGAUUUCCAAAAUUUUCUUCCACUAUGAAUGUAUAUAUAUAUUUGUGGUACAGAGAAUAUUAUUGAAAUAUCUAAAUUUAACAUCAUUAAAUACAAAAGUACAUUUAAAGGAACGUCAAACUCAUAAAACUGGCUUUCUUAUUAAACUAUUUGUUGGAAUUUCAAACUAUGUGUUUUCAAACUUUUUCAUUCCAAAACAAAAAAUUUAAAAAUCUAUCAAAUGAACAGUGAUAAUGCUUAGGAACAAAGAAAAAGGAAAUCUAGGUAUACAAUAGCACAAAACCAGUGAUUAUUUUGCUAAUGAUAAACAUUGGAUAAUUUAUUGUUAUUUUCUACUUGUUUUUACUUUUAGCAUUUAUGGUGGUCUCUGUGGCCUACACAAUUUAUAGGUGGAGCUAAUUGUUUAAUUAUUUGAAACUAUAGCAGAUAAUUUAUAAUAUGCAUAUUGUAAAUAGAUACUAAAGCUCAAAGGCACAUUGUAAAAAUAACCAAACACUCUCUAGUCUCAUGCAAGCAAAAUUUUCAGCCUGUUUAUACAAAUACCAAAAUAGUUGCUCAAACAAGGAAAAAUGUACAGUCAAAUUAAAUAUAAUGUUAUUUAUUUUGGCAUUCUAUAAACACGACAACCAAAUAAUUGAAUUUUGGGCACUCCUACAAAUAUAGUAAGUUGCGGUCUCAUGUGUAGCCAUGGGCUUUGCCUACUAUUGGAAAAAAUGAAAAAUGUUUAAGUCAACCUAUGCAAACAGUUUCCCUGGUGCUCCUUGUAAUCCAUUUGUAUACCUACAUGCAUACCCCUUCAGAAACUUACAGUUCUCAGCCCAGGGUUCAGCUGAUGUACCAAGCACAGAUUCCUCUAACACCCAAAGUACUUGUAAGUGAAUUGAAUAUGGUCAUUUUUUCUUUCUCAUAGGAUCCUUAAGAUGUGGUCUUAAAGACAGUAGAAAAAAAGCACAUUUUUUAGUAGUUAAAUAUUCUAAUUAGAUUUAAGGAUACUUAAAGAAGUGAUUUUGCUCCAGUAUUUUGGAACAAAAGGUUUUAUGUCAUCCUGGCUUCAAAUUCCCUUACCAUUUUCAUUGUUUAUUUUUAAUUUCAAAGGAUAAUGUUGAAUCAGAAGAAUUUUUCUUAAAACAGUCUGCCUAAGGUAUUUUUUUAAUCAUGAAGACUGGGGAAGUGGGAGUCCAAAACUGUGCUAAGAAAAACAGAUUCAUGAAUUGCUGAAAAUAUAUACUUUAUAAAAUAUAUACUAAAGAUGCACAGAAAUAUCAGUAUAGGGAAGUUGCGUUCAGAGUCACACUGAAAGUUGUUAAUCAGAUCUGUGUUAUGUGGGUCACUCCUAAGGUUGGGCAUAGUGUUCAGCUUAGUCUGUAAAAAUAAAGAAAAUUUGUGUUGGCUGAAGGAACUUAAAUAAAAAUCUUAGUUGAAUUCUUGUCUCUUACAUCUUUUGUAACUAGAAAAAUACCUUGUAGAACUUAAUACACAAAAUAAAUUUUCCAAAUCAAAUUGACAUGUUUAAAUAAUAUUAACAACCCUUGGCAUUUAAAAAAUUAAGAACCCUGCUUAUUAAAUUACCUGGACAUCUACAAAUAUAUUUUACCAGGGAUUUUCAAGUUCAUUUUACUAUCUGUCUCUGAUGCUUUGAAUGUGACACCAGCACAGACAGAGACGUCUGAAUUCUGCUGGAACUAACCCUGAAUGGCAAUGUAUUAGGGCCUUGCUCAUGUUAAUUUUUUCUGACCUCAUUCAAGCACUUGAUAACUUGGGUCAGUUUCUUGCACAUUGAUGUAUAUCAAGUGACACCUAUUGAAAUUACCUCUUCUCUUUGCCAAUGCAGUUUGCUUGUACAUAAGUGUAAUGUUAAAUUGUUUACAGUUCUUUUUGUGUGCAAUUGUGAUAGCAGAUUUAGCUCAAACUUUUAAAGGAAUCUGUUUACUGAAUGGUGUUAAAAUGGAUGUGCUUAUUACAGUAUAAACAUCAUUAAUUAUGGACUCACAUGAAUGCAUGUCUACAUGUUGUCAAUUUCCAGCAGCUUGGUUAUUCAGCAAAAGUCUGCAGUCUGUGAAUAGCAAAUAUACAUAAACUACUGUGAUUCUAAUAACUCAGUAACUGUUUUAUCUUGCUAUAUAACAUAUAGAGCUCAGCCUGCUGUAUUUCUUUCUUACCUUUUUUUUUUUUUGCAAGAGAAACAUGCUAAAAAAUAGUAAUAUCAAUGUCCCAGUGAAACCGCACACCAUUUUGGCAAUCAUUGGUCCACUCAAAAGGCAACAGCCUAUCAAUGGAAUAACAGACCUGAGCAACAUAUAAAUAUAUACAUACAAAUCUAUGUAUGCGAUAUCUACAAUGCUAAUUGCUACCAUUGAUUCUCACUGCCAAUGGAAACAAAAAACUACUGUUUUCUUUGAAAUCACUGAUGCUAUUAAAUGCUUUCAUAUUCUGUUUAUUUCUUAUAGUAUGGUAGAUGAUACAGGUGCAGUAUCAGUAUUGUAAAACUGUGUGGUGAAAACUACAAAAGUCAUUCUGUGGAUAUAUUUUAAAAGGCCGAACAGAAACUAUAUUUCAGAUUAUUGUGUGAAUAUAAUUACAGAAAUAGGUAACUAUUUUUUAUGUGUUUCCAUAAAUGACUCCAUUUCAUAUACAUUGUAAUUUAGCACCAAUCAUAAUAAAUCAUUUGGUAACA